AAAAAAAAAGAAAAGAAAAGAAAAAGAAAAAAGAUUCGUUUUCCUUGAAUCUUACUAACAAAGUACUUCUGGACUCAGAAACUGACAAGCGAAGGAGAGGGAGAGAGAGAGAGAGAAAAUGAAUUCAUCCCAACCAUCUAUAUCCCAAGGCACAGAGAGAGGAUGCUUCUCUUCCCAAGUGCUCUUAAGGACAAUUGCUGGGGUCUCCAUUCUACUGCUAAGUGUCUGUUUUAUCACCAGAUGUCUUGUGACAUAUCAUAACUUUCAACUCUGUGACGAGAAUAAGUUCCAGCUACAUGAGGCUUUCAUGGACUUCUCCUGCUCCAAUGACGGAUUGGGUUCAGUCAAGAAUUGCUGUCCGUCAGACUGGGUACAUUUUCAAUCUAGCUGCUACCUCUUUUCUACUAAUACUAUGUCCUGGACAUCGAGUUUAAAAAACUGCUCCAACAUGGGAGCUCAUCUGGUUGUUAUCAACACACAGGAGGAGCAGGAAUUCCUUUUCUUUGCGAAACCUAAGAGGAAAGAGUUUUAUAUUGGACUGACAGACCAGGUGAAAGAGGGUCAAUGGCAAUGGGUAGAUGGCACACCUUUCACAGAAUCUCUGAGCUUCUGGGAUGUAGGGGAGCCCAAUAAUAUAGUUACAGUGGAGGACUGUGCCACCAUUCGAGACUCUUCAAAUCCAAGGAAAAACUGGAAUGAUGUUCCCUGUUUCUUCAACAUGUUUCGGAUUUGUGAAAUGCCAGAAAUAAAUGUUUCAAGCAACAAAAAAAAUUCUCUAAGAACAGAAAGCACAACUUAAAUGCAUAAAUACGGAGGAAAAAGAGCAUGAAUAUAACUCCAGCAUGAGAGAAGUAUGUGCUGCAUGUGCUGCACUUAAUGAGGACUUCAUAGGGACUUCGUAAGGACUGUGUUGCUUUUGAUAUAAAAUAAGUAGUUUUAAAUGUUAUAAUUUGUGAUACUGAUUGACAUGCAUUUUUCUUCAUAUUAGUUUCAGGACUUCUCAAAACUCACCAAGCAAUUCUCUAACAAAUACUGGGAAAAGAAAAGAAUGCUCCUUUUGGCAGGAUUUGCUUCAUUCAUUUUUACCCCUGCCCAAGCAUGUACCCUCAACUAUGCUUUCCUGUACAGUGAGUAAGACUCCUUCAAGUCAUGAAACUUACUCCUGCUCCAAAGACAUGUGGACUUCUAGCUAAAGACCUUUACUGCGUCUCGCUAGGAGCAGGCCAUGCUAAGCUUCAGCUCCAAACAGACUAUUACUCAGUCUAUUCAACACAGCACCUCCCUUUUCUCUUUAUUCUCUUCCACUGAAUAACUGAAUCUCACCUGAAUUUGUGGCUAUUCCUCAGCUAGGGCCAGGGUCCAACAGUCAAAUUGUUCUAAGAGAACAUUCAGCUUGACAAUUUCCUACCUCAAGCCUAUUCACUUCUUGCAUAUUAUUUUUUCAAUACUGAUAAGGUUACUCAAGAAUAUUUCAGGAACAUAGCACCUUUAAUAACCAUGUUUCUUGCACACAGCUUGACAAAGAGACCCUCAAAAUUCAUACAUCAUUAAUUCAUGGACAUUAAUAUAAAAUAUAUUUUUCCUUACAAAUGUUUAUUCCUCUAAGGUAUUAAGUGACCAUAUGUGGUUUUGAAACCAAAAUGCCUUUAAACCAAAAGUCAUUCAACCUAAAAGUAAUCCAGUGUAUGUAUCUUCUACUUUCUAAUUCCCUUUUUUCAAAUUAUAAACAUCAAUGAGGACACACUGAAAGACCUAUGGAAAUACUUUUGUUCACCAUUGUUUCUCUGUAGGGUAUAAUUUGAUAUUUUAAAUUUUACUUCAAUACUGAAAGAUAUAUGCAAGUAUCAGUACACAUUAUUUCACCAUACAUUUAUAAUUUAUUAUACAAUUAACUUUGUCUUCAAGUUCAGCAAGAAAAGAAACAAUCAGAGUUUCGUGCUUAAAGUUAUUUAUCUGGAAAAUUCUGAGGGGUAGAUCAUCUGGUUGAAACUAUUUUAAAAUAUAAUAUUUUACAAUAGGGCCUACAAAAAUACUUAGAUACCAGAAAAGCCAGAAGUUACAAAAUAUAAAAGAGUAAGUAAUUAUCUGUAUUCCCAAGACAAUAUUCCCAAAGUAAACUAUUGUUAAGAUAUAAAUAUUACCAUUUGGGCCUCUGAAUAUUUUAAAGAAAAAUCAUUCUAAUACAUUUGGUAAAAAUGAUACAUACUCAUUAUCAAAAAUUUUUACAGAUAUGUUAUACAUAUGUAAAUAUUAUUCACAGCUGAAUCUUGUACUGUAUCAUGAUUAUAUUAUAUACUUCCUUAAAAACAUUUUGCUUAGGGUGGGAUCUGGAAUGGAAUCUUUUCUCUAUGGAAUCUUUUCUCUUAAUGUAUUCAAGAGGGUAAUGUGACCUUGGCAUCCUUUAUUAAAAAACUGAUUUUUGGUGCUGGAAAAAAAAAAUUUUGCUUUUUGUAUAGCUAAUAUUGGCAGUAUUUGUUAUUUAUCCAGUUUUCUAUGUACUGAUUAAUAAUGCAUCCCUUAACUAUGCAGAAUUGUACAUCACCUCUUAAUGUAUUCAAAUACAGUUUAUCAGUCCCAUAUUUUCAUGAGGAAAAGAAAUCCUCUUGAAACUGU